CCACUUGGCUCCGUACGAGAAACACCUACGAGACAUUUCUCUCUCUCUCUCUCUCUCCCUCUCUUGUUUUGGUAUAGUAACCACCGAACAUCCGUUUCUCCUCUCCUUUUCGCAUUGCCACUUCUCGUCGGCUGAUUGAUCCUCGUACACUCCCAUUUUAUUUCCCCCCCUCCUUCUCUCCCACCAAAGUAAAAAUCCAAAUUUUGUUCAUCGAAUCUUUUCAAUUUUUGGAAAGAAACAAAACAAAAAAAACAAAAACAAAAAAGGCGCUCAAUUUGAAAUUAGUUGAUUUUGAUUGAUCCCUCAAAAAAAUGUCUCCGAAACUAGAUCCCACCGGUCUUUACUGAAAAAGAGUGAUCUCGAUCCCCGCAACAAGGCUCACUUCCGUCUCCUUGCCUCUCCCUCCCUCCCUCCCCCCAUUGCGGUGCGCGUUUGAUACACCAAGUACCACACACAGAGACACACAGAGACACACAGAGAGACACGCCACUUACAGACAGGCAGAAUGCAGAAUACAAUGGUCCAAACGAAUGUCCCGCUCGAUCCAACCGGCCUCUACUGAAACGUGACGAUUGAAGAGUAAACGGAAACAAGAACAAGAACACGAAGAAGAAGAACAACAAAGGCGCCAAAGAAAACGAUGCGGAAUGCUCGCGUUUGGCGGACGCCAGCCUGUGACUAUCGGUGGCGCAGACGAACGUUCCUACCACCGGCGUUGGUCUUGUUGGCCUUUUUUGGUCUGUGCUUCGCGGUGACGCAGGCCGAGGAUGGCUACUCGAUUCCGGCCGACGCCAUCCGCAUCGGAACGCAGGAACUGGGAGCCGACCGACUGACGCAGCACCUGGCCGUCCUGAUUGCGAGCGGUGGCACCAACGUCAGCGCCAACAGUUUGGAUGGUGAACCAAUGGACGAGCGAGACAAUCAAGUCAAUGCCGAAGCGGACGAAGGUGAACUCGAAGAACGAGAAGAACGAGUUGGUCAAGCAGACGACUACCGUCUUCCCACGGCUCUGGUCAGGCUCAACGCUUUGCUACGGGCUGCCGAAGAGCGGAAAGAGCGGCUAGAAUCAAAUGCCGCCACGUCCCGUCUACUCUCUAUCAACCGGGGUGGAUUCUUCCGCGGAUUGUUGGUCGUCUGGGUGCCGGUCAGCUUCCUGUUGCCUACACUCGCCCACCGUUAUCCGACUUACUAUCGAGGUCGAUCCAGUCGAUCAGGGAGGAAGCAUCUUUUGGACGGAGAACUGGAUGAAACUAACAUGAUCGUCGACAAGCCAAACGGCAAGCCGGCCAAGAUCGUCCAUUCCGGCUACAAUCCGGACUCUUCUGACUACAAGUUCGAGUCGCAUUACGGACCUUUGCUGUCGCGAUUGGAAGCUUACUUCACGCUGAUGCGCAUCGAUAACAUACACUGUCGCUGGAAGCUGCUCUGCUACGCCAGCCGGCAGCCGGAUGCGUAUCAGCCGCUGUCCAGUCUGUUCCGCAGACUCUUCGAGCGCAGCAAUAAGCCAGCGGCAGCGAAACCCAUCAACCAGCAGCGCUACCAUCCGGCCCUGAAGAAGUUCUUCACCUACGUCUGGGCCGAUAAGAAAGGCGCUCGUUUCGGCUCCGUCGACCAAUGCGACGCCGAGUACAGCACGUGCCCAACCCCCGUCCAUCGCCUCGUCCGCAUGGACAUGAUCCGCUUCUGGCAAAAACUAUCCAAACGCUUCGCCAUCCAGCUGCAGGAUGAGUGAACCUUCCAACUUACCGGAAGGCAAAUCACCUGCAUCAUUAUUUCUGAAUAUCAUUUCAUUAUUUUUUUUUUUUUUCAUCGGUAGUUCAGCACAUUUUGGUCUUUCUAUCCAUUUUUUUUUUCCGUAAUUUUUUUUUUAGACCCUUCUUGAGAUUUAUUGGAUUUAUUUUAUUUAGCGACGUAAUGGCUUCUAAACGUGAUAAUAACUAAGGUAGAGACGGUUUUGUGCAGACGGGGGAGCGGAAGGUUUUUGUUUUGUUUUUGUUUCAGGAGGGAAAGACAGUGACAUCUAGCGAAUACGGAUGUCUUUAUAUGUGAAUAUAACCUAUUUCCGGGGCAGGUCGAAAGCAAUUCGAAAGAAUUGCUCCUUCCCAAAAGAAUUAAUUAUUAAAUAUGCAACGAAGGAAAAAAAAAAAAAAAAAAAAAACAUUUAAGAAGAAAUCGAGAACAGAAAAACAAAACAAGUAAAAGAAAAUAUUAAAUUCUAAAUAAUAAAAAAAAAAAAACAAAAAAAAAAAAAAGUAAUAAGAACACAGAGACAGAGAGAAUUUAUUAUUUUUCUAUUUAUAUUUAAAUUUAAACGAAGAUCAGGGUUAGUAAUUCGACGAUUGCGUCCCAUGCCAAGAUUCCUAUAAUGCGUGUGUAUAUGUAUGCGUGCGGCUCUCACUUCACCAGCCGCAUCUGAGGUAUGGAGAUUUACGUUGUACGGAAGAAGACGGCAAAAAUAGCCACGAGAGUCGUACUCAUGUACCAUGUAGCCCUGAAACCUGUUGGGUAACAAAUAAGACAAUGAAAAAAAAAAGAAAAAAUGAAUAAAAGUAAAAAAUAUAUGCAAAGCGAUAUCACGAUA